CCCGCCCGGCCCGCCCGUCCGCCCCGUUACUACGGCGGGGAAGGUAUUCAUUCCUCGGACACACCGUCCCCCGGCCUGACACUUUACACACUUUGCAGAGACAAAGGCAGCAGCAGCAGGAGGAGGAGGAGGAGGGAGGGGGAGCCGCUGCGCCCCAAGUCCCGACCGCGGCCAGGGUGGCAGGACUUUCUUUGGCUUGGUGAGGAAGAAGAGGAGUUUGCCUGGGACGGAGCUUGGUUGCAAGAUGCUUGUAGAGGGUGAGGGGUGUAGCUCCGUGGGCUAAAGAAGACCAAAGGUGCGCCCUCCGUGCGUUGAGAGAGAAGACUGUUCGCUUUUCCGUGGCAUGGAGAAUUUCAGGAUUUUCCGUCACAAAGCAAGACACGUGGUUCUUGCAGAAAUGACUGGAUGGAGGGCACCAGGGAGAUCCAGGCUGGAGGCUCUUUAGAAAGCUUCCCACCUCCUGACCGUUCCGUCUGGGAGCUUCAUCUCCUGCUGGGGUGGCCAAGACUUCACAGGCACCCAACCCUGCUGGCUGGAGCUCAGGACUCAGAAAGCACUAAUGACUUGCAGCAAUGAAAUAUUUCUUUGAAAUCUAAAGGAGAGAUUCAGAGAGAGAGAGGGAGAGAGAUCUGUUCCUUUAUUCCUUAAUUUCAGGCUGAACUCUUUUGACGAUAUUUCCACCUACAGAGGAAGCAGCGGGUGACACUGUUAUUAAUUACCUCUCAAUCUGUUGGAAUGAGGAAAGGAAACCACAGUUAUUAGUUUUGAUUAAAGCCUCAGCGAGAGAAAUUAGCCGCUGUUCAGGGCGAGCCGAAGAAAUAGAUUCUGAAAAGUUUUUUUUUUUUCCUGGAGCGAAUUAAAAUAUUCAAAAAGGACCAGAAACACUGACCGUAAUACAGUUGGCCUCUUUGUGGAAACGAAUGGCGUUCCAUGGGAGGAAGUAGCAUGGAGCCGGUGGUCUGCUAGGAAUUCCUUCUACCUUGUCCCCUGACUGGGAAUAGACUCCCACGCCCCAGGAACCGCCCCCGUCCCAGCUGGAUCCGGGAGAGCAAGAUGGUGGCGAUGCGGAAGAGGAUCAUGAAGCUUUUUACUUUCCUCGUUCUGUUGGCCUUCAUCACGCCCUUCUUGAUGAACUUGGCCAACCAGGCCGGGGCGGCCCUCUGGGGCCCCAGGCAGUUCCUGCUCCAUCUCUCGGAACACGUGAAGAGGCUCAUGAACUUCCCCCUCGGGUCCUGCGGCUGCAGGCGCUGCGUCUCCGAGCCCAAGCUGUCUCCCUGGUUCGACGCGCGGUUCAAUCAGACGGUCCGACCUCUGCUGACCUCCCAGAACAUGCUCGUCCCCGAGGACACGUACAGGUGGUGGCUGAAUCUGCAGAGGGAGAAGGAGCCCCGGAGCCUGAACGAGACGCUCAGGGAGCUGUUUGCCACCAUCCCCGGGGACGCGGACCCCCUUCUGGGGAAGGGGGCACCGGCCUGCCGCCGCUGCGCGGUCGUGGGCAACUCGGGCAACCUGAAGGAGUCCCGCUACGGGUCAGACAUCGACAGCCACGACUUUGUGCUCAGAAUGAACCGGGCGCCCACAGUUGGGUUCGAGGCCGAUGUCGGGAGCAAAACCACUCACCACUUCAUGUAUCCCGAGAGCUUCACGGAGCUGGCGGAAAACGUCAGCAUGAUCCUGGUCCCCUUCAAAACCACUGACCUGCAGUGGGUGGUCAGCGCCAUCACCAAAGGGACCAUCUAUUUUACAUAUGUCCCGGUUCCGCGUAAAAUCAAAGUGAGCAAAGAAAAGAUCCUCAUCUAUCACCCGGUGUUCAUAAAGUACGUCUUCGACAACUGGCUCCAAGGCCACGGCCGGUAUCCGUCCACUGGCAUCCUCUCGGUCAUCUUCUCCCUCCACGUGUGUGAUGAGGUGGAUCUCUACGGCUUUGGUGCUGACAGCAAAGGCAACUGGCAUCACUACUGGGAGAACAACCCGUCGGCGGGGGCCUUCCGAAAAACAGGUGUCCACGACGGGGAUUUCGAGUCCAACAUCACGGCUAGCCUGGCGUCCGAAGACAAGAUCCGCAUCUUCAAGGGGAGAUGACCCUUCCCCCCGGGCGCCCGCACGGUGGCGGCGGGGAGAAGGGUAUCGGGGUGUCCAGGUGCCGGCCAGGGGUCCCUGAUGGAUCUACGGGGCCGGUUCAAGAUUUGGGGCCUUCUCCUGGGAUCCCGAUGGGCAGAGGCGACGCCUGCCAUCCGCUCCUGGCCAGACUGGAUUUGGGACUCCUGACGCUGGGAUGGGGGGCGGGGGG